GGUAAUCAAUGGUUUAGAGGAAAGAAGGACUUUCGGUUCCCAUUCUCCAUAAACUUUUUCCGUUUGUUCAUUGUCCUCUUUACUACUAAUUCUGUAGUAGUGAAUUGGUUCGGGAGUUAAUAACAUUUGAUUUUGGGUUAUAAUUAUUUUGAAAAACGGUUAAACCGGCACGGAAGCGAAAAGUCUAAAGCAUAAUAUCUGGGUGACGCCGGCCGCCUUAAGCCUCGGAGUCUUUAAAAUCUCCAAAGGCCUACAGGCAUACGCGCGAUCAAGUUUCUAGUGCAGUACAAAACAGUUUGCGGUUUACCGGUAUUUCUUAGUUUGUGUUGUGUUCGAGUUGAAAGUUUAUAAAAUCUAAACAAAAAAGUUUCGGGCAAGAGAAAUCCUUAAAAAAACAAACACAGUAUGUAUUGUAAAUGUGAAAAAAGUUCAGUUUAACUAUAAAGUACAAAAAGUUAUUAGUAAAAAAAGAAAGAAAAAAAAAGUUGUCAACGUGAUAUAAAAGUAUGUUCGACACGGUAUGGAUUGCUCGCGUUGUGCCUUCAAGAGCAAGUACUGCACAGGCUCUUAUUGAUACAGGGUAGAAUAAUUCAACAUGUCAGACUCUGGUUCAGAAAGUUCCUCCUCGGAGGGUUACGAUGGAAGGAGAAACCGAGUUACAUCGGCUGAUAAUAUGGCGUCGCCGAACUUCUCGCAUCAUUCGUCAGUGUCGGGCCGUAAAUCUAGAGCGAGUUCUGUUUCGUCGAGAGAAAAGUCACCUACGUCAAUAAUAUCAGAAAGGGAUUCAAAGUCACCGAGAUAUAUACCGAUAUCGCCGAAAUCUCAAAGAUCUGAUUUAGCGUCACCCAGCGAGGUCGGUUCUCCAAGGUCAAGGUCAAGGUCCCGUAGUUUAUCAAAAUCACCCCCUCUUUCACCGAAAUCCUAUCACUCGGAGAAUAAUUCUUUGGAUUCACCUAGAACCGAUCGGAGUUUAUCUCGUUCCCCCAUACAAGAUGAAAGAUCCUAUCCGUCUACUCUGAAUGACUCGAAGUCCUUACACCUUGAGGAUACAGAACAAAAACAGUAUGACUUGGAGGUAGAUGCUCAACAAUCCGGAGAUAAUUCGCCGAAAUCAUAUUCUUAUAAAAACAGCGAAUCGAGGCAAAGUUCGCCGAAGUCUCCAAGAUCCGGUCGUAGUUCGGCAAAGUCAUUAAUAUCUGAAAGAAGUUCCCCAAAGUCAGGUCCGGCAUCUCCUAUGGAUGAUCAGGAAUCAGAUAAACGUUCACCGCCCCAUUCACCGCCAACGAAAGGUGGUUCUUUCAACGAGUUAGACGGUGAACAAAUUUCGGAUGGGGACAUUGAAGACGAGCCUGAGUCGGUGGUUAAAUCAAAAGUGGCUAUGCCGAUUACUCACGGGGAAGACUUGUCGGAUGUUUCUGAUUUGGAAAGUAUGGACGGAGUUGAUGCCGCUACUGAACACGAAUCGAUGCUCAAGGAAAAUCAACAGAACGAAGAGAAACGUCUAUUAAAUAACGAUAAAAUGGAAAAGGAAGAUAAAAAUGCGCCUGUUGGGCUAACAGAAGAAAGCGAACAAUUAGAUUUUGAGGCUGAUGGUCAAUGGAAGGAUGAACGUGACGAAGGAGAAACAGAAGGACCGGUUAUUAAGGAAUAUAAAGAGAAAGAUGAAAAAGAUGGAAAGGAGAAGGAUAAAGAUAGGGAUAAAUUGAAAUCCAAAGAUGGGGGUGAAGGGAAUGAUAAAGAAGAAGGAGAAGAAGAUGGGGAGAAAGUAGAAUCUGAGUUGGAAGAAGGUGAACUGAGCGACGGUGAUGAUGCUCGACCGGAAGAAACUGAACCUAGACCAGUUUGCCGUUUUUAUAACCGGGGACAAUGUACGUGGGGAGUUAGUUGUAGAUUUUUACAUCCGGGUGUAACCGACAAGGGUAAUUACACUAUGUUCGAGAUGGUAAGGCCAAUGGCGUAUCCGUCGCAUGCGGCAACUCCUCAUGAAUUCAGACCGCAUAUCGAUAGACCAAACAUGGUACGACCAUUACCUGGUUACGGAGGUCCACCGCACACACCAAAAAUAGAGGAACUUCCUACCGAAUCCGCGUGGGAACGUGGAUUACGACACGCUAAGGAAAUGAUGCGUAAAGCAAAUAAACGUAAAGAGUCAGAUAUGGACUUUGAAGAGAAAAAAAUGAAUUUAAGUUUAGGACAAGAUGAAUUAGAUAGGGAAGCAGGAUAUUACGUUAGAGCAGCUAGUCCUGAACCACCUGUUGAAAGAUGGCCACCCAGGGAAGCGCCACGAAGAAUGCCACCGCCAAGAAUUACACCGGAUAGAUAUAUCGACGAACCUGAUGCUUAUUAUGCCCCACCAGCAGCACCGCCAGAGUAUUAUAGGAGAGUACAUUACAAAACCGAUACACGAGUCACCACCACCGAGUACCGAGAACGUAUCGAUUAUCAUGGCAUACCUCGUGGUACACCGCAUUCGGUUUCUCCACCACCGCAUACUAGAGAUCGUGAAAGAGAAAGAGAAAGAGAACGUGAACGCGACAGGGAACGCGAAUAUUACGAGAAAUACGAGAAAAAGCAUAAACGUCCGUCAAGAGAAGUUAUAGUGGAGCGUAUUCCACCGACGAAACCAUGGAGAGAAGAAGAACCACCGCCAGAGGAAAGAGGCAGAGGAGACGAAUGGGCCGAUCCUUGGAUGCGACGAAAAUCGCCUAGUACUGUACGGCGAAACACGUCGUCCCGACGAUCACGAAGACAGUCGUAUUCUUCGGGUUCUUCGUAUUCAUCAACAAGUUCUAGCCGUAGCUCGAGCCGCUCUAGCUACAGUUCUUACGACUCCCUAUCCAGGUCCCGUUCACCAUCCCCUCCCUCUAGAACUCGUGGUACCGGUAAAGGGAAAGCAGUCGCAACAUCGCCGCCUGCGAAUCCUCCUGCAGUUGCAGCUGCUGCGCCUCAGCGUGGCGCUAUGUUAAUGAAUCCACCUGCUCCUUCACCUCGACCACCUAAAGGCUCCAUCUCCCCUACAACUGGUACGCUUCAUCGACGCGCUGGCCUGAAUCCACCUGCGCCGAGCCCGCUCUCCUCUCAUCAACGGCACCACGAAAAAUCCAGAGAUAAAGCGGCAAUAGCAGCAGCCGCAGUUGCUAAAGUUAUCAAAAGCCGUUCAAGAUCUAGUGUAAUAAAAUCUGUUUCUAGAUCUUCGCAUAGCAGUUCAGGAUCAGAAAGCAGCGGUAGCAGUAGCGACUCCAGCGAAUCGAGUUACUCUUCUUCUUCCAGUGAAACCCGUCGACGAAAAGGCUCGACACCGCCGUUAACGCGAAAAGAUUCCAAGGGUAUCGACGCUUUAAAGCUGAGCGGUACCAAGCAGCAAAUAAAACUUACGUUGAAACCAACGAGUAAUACUACCUCUAUAAAAAAGGUCGAACGAUCCACUUUAAUGGCUGGGAAAAAGAGAGCGUUAGAAUCACCGCCGUUAAUUGAUAGCAAAGCAAGCGUUGCCGCUGCCGCGGCUAAAGCUGCGAAGAAAGCAAGCUCGCGGCGCGAAGAAUUAUUGAAACAACUUAAAGCGGUGGAAGACGCGAUCGCUCGUAAAAGAUCAAAAGUGUAAUAAUACAUCAUCGCACAUUUAACGUUUUAAAAGUAAAUGUGUAUACAAUAUUUCCUAGGCAUAUUAUGUAAUUAGCUGCUAUAAAGUAGCUUGUGAUAUGAAAAGAAAAAAAAAAUUCAUAUCAGAAACAAAGCAUUUCUAAUUUCACAAACUUUUUCUAAACACGAUGUCGACGCUUCGUUUUUUUUCUAAUUCUCCUAUUAACACGUUGAAUGCCAUUGGAGUUAAUACUGGUACUUUAGAGAUCAGUAAUGAUUGAUGACGCUAAAAAAAAUUACAUUCAGAAAUUACUGUGGUGUACAGUAAUUUCGAUUGUUUCCAUUUUCAGAUGGUAACCAAGCACUCAAAAUUUGUUCGACAUUCAACGUGUUAAUAUAAUAUAAACGUACAUAAUGUCAAGCAAAUGUCAUACUGUACAGUAUCAUUAUUAAAGAUUAACAAAGUA